AUGAUCGCGUCGCUCAUCUCGAAGCGGAGACCAAUGGCAGAGAGUGUGCUCCGUCACAAAGUUCUUGCUGUAUGCACAGAUGCUUCGCACUGGUUCGUAGAGGAUGAAGGUGUCACUGAUGAGGGCACGUUGACAGCUGCUGAGCCGACUCCGAAACCUGAUGAGGGCACGAAUACUGCGGCUGAGCCAACUCCGAGACCUGACGAGGGCACGAAUACAGCAGCUGAGCCAACUCCGAGACCUGACGAGGGCACGAAUACAGCAGCUGAGCCAACUCCAAAACCAGAUGAGGGCACGUUGACAGCCGCUGAGCCCACUCCAAAACCUGAUGAAGGCACGAAUACAGCAGCUGAGCCAACUCCAAAACCAGACGAGGGCACGCUUACAGCCGCUGAGCCCACUCCGAAACCUGACGAGGGCACGAAUACAGCAGCUGAGCCAACUCCGAGACCUGACGAGGGCACGAAUACAGCAGCUGAGCCAACUCCAAAACCAGACGAAGGCACUUUGACAGCUGCUGAGCCGACUCCGAAACCUGACGAGGGCACGAAUACAGCAGCUGAGCCGACUCCAAGGCCUGAUGAGGGUACUCUGACAGCUGCUGAGCCGACUCCGAAGCCUGAUGAGGGUACAUUGACAGCUGCUGAGCCAACGCCAAAACCUGACGAGGGCACGCGUACGGCCGGUGAGCCGACUCCGAAACCUGACGAAGGCACAACGACAGCUCAUGAGCCGACUCCGAGAACCGAUUGUCUUGCCGCUAUGCUAUCUAAAGUGACAGCUAAGAUUGCUGGAGCUUGUACCUCAUCAGUGAUGAAGAAAAUCACGAACCAAACCGUUUCGACGUAUGAACCGAGUACGUCAUUUGAAGUGUCGUCUUAG